UUGAACGGUCCUUUGUUGUCGGCGUUUGUAGAGCUCAGGAGAGAUAGACUCGUGACGCAAAAAUGUUCCUGAACGAGACGAUGCUGAUAUACGCGUUGACAGCGAACGUGAUAGCUACCCUACCUGAGAAAUCGGGAUCGAAGGCGGUGGACGCUAACUUCGAGAAACAGAACGUGAUCACGACCACUUUAACGCCGGAGGAGGAGGAGAAUCGGUUCGAUUUGCAGGACAAUUGGUACAUGUGGAGAUGCUUCGAACCAUACGGCUGUUUCUACAUCGGACCACCGUGGUCCGGGGAAAGCAGACCAGUGUCCACGUUCCCCGCCAGACCGGACAGCAUAAAUCCCCGAUAUCUAUUCUACACCCGUGAGAACGUGGGAGGGCCGUACGAACUAAAAAUCGACAAAUUCGGAACCUUACGUGAGGCGGCCAUUCGAAAGAAAAACAAUCUCUACCUGAUCGUUCAUGGGUUCCUUGACAACGGCGAUAACACGUGGGUCAUGAGGACUAUGAAGGAGCUACUGGUGCGAGAAGAUUGCAAUGUGGUGAUCGUUAACUGGAUCGGUGGGGCAGGUCCUCCCUACACGCAGGCUGUUGCGAACACGAGGCUCGUCGGUGCGAUGACAGCUCGCAUGGCGUCUCAAUUGGCCAAGAUCGCCGGUGUCGACCCAUCGUUGAUGCAUUGCAUCGGGCACAGCCUCGGUGCGCACACUUGUGGCUACAUUGGGUACUUCAUGAAGCACACGUAUGAGGUUAAUCUCGGAAGAAUUACGGGCCUCGAUCCCGCCGAACCGCAUUUCAGCAACACGUCGACCAUGGUGCGGCUCGAUCCAACGGACGCGACGUUUGUCACGGCCGUCCAUACCGAUUGCAAUCCUUUUAUCAGCGGCGGCCUCGGUAUCACCCAACCCGUCUCGCAUAUCGAUUUCUAUCCGAACGGCGGCCGCAAUCAGCCUGGUUGCAACGAGGGUGUUCUAAAUUCCAUCACCUUGGAAAGUGGGAGCUUCUUCCGCGGAAUCAAGAGAUUCCUCGGCUGCAAUCACAUCCGUAGCUACGAGUACUUCAUAGAGAGCAUCAAUUCAGCCUGUCCAUUCUUGACGGUCCCUUGCUCGUCUUGGGACAAGUUCCAAGAAGGCAGCUGCUUCGAUUGCGUGAACCAAUACUGUCCGAGAUUAGGGUUGGACGCUCAACCAGGAAACUAUCAUGCCUCGGUGUAUUUAAUGACAGGAUCAGGAAAGCCAUUUUGCAAGGGCCAUUACAAGAUGACGAUAAAUAUUUCCAAGACGAACGAGAGUCUAGAUCACGGCGGCGAGGUCGGUACAUUCGCGAUCCGAGUGAUCGGCGAGAACGGGCAGAAAACGGAGAAGAUGCAGCUCAGUAGUCACUCGAAAUAUUACGAGCCAGGCAGCACGCACACCGUAGUCCUAGCUGGUAACAUAGUCGGGAAGCCGGAAGCGGUCGAGAUCUCGUGGGAGUACCAAGCCUCUGUUUUCAAUCCGCUCACGUGGAGGCUUCUCCACACUUCCCGCGUCUACAUAGAUUCAUUGACCGUCGAGAAUUUGGAGUCCUCUCAUGGGAUCACCGUGUGUCCCGACGAAACGAAAACUCUGAUCGCAAACGAGCCUAAGAUGCUUACGACAAAGAACUGCCAGGACGAUGAUGCGAACGUCGUUUCGGUUUAAGGAUAGGAUACUGAACGCCUUUGUUUGGAUCGUUGGUAUUUUUUACUGAAUACACUGCUCAGAGUAAUUCAAGGAUCGGUUAGGUAACUUGACUACUCCCAGGACACUCCAUCCACUACUUUUCUUCUACAUCGAAUCAUCGGUUCGUAUGUUAAAUACAGUAUGUGUAUACGCUGUGUUA